AUGGAUGCUGAGAAAGGCGAGACGGCCCUCUACGCGUCCAAGACGAACAAGUCGAAGAAGCUCUGCUCUAUCCUCAAGAAAGCCAUUAUCACUCUCAUGAUUUGCCUCAGUCUUUGCGCUGCCAUGUUUGGCAUUGGCGUUUUUGCCGCGGAAUGGGUUCAAGCUCGAAACGGGGUUGUUGUUCACUCCGAAGCUCCCACUGCUAGUCUUGGACAUUCCAUGGCCCGCCGCGAUGAAGCUGUCGAUGCUUCAUACCCAAUCUCGACCAAGACUGCACUGUCUACCAUCUAUGAGGUCAGGCAUACACCUACUAUUAAGUUCGAGACUGUGUUCGAGACUGUUCACGGCACUACCUAUGUUGAUGAGGUCUCUGUUUCCUCCUCGUCCACUCCCUUUGAGGAAUCUACCGAGUACUGCGAGGAGCAUAUUGUUACCACGACGGAGACUGUUACCAUCGUUAUAGCCCCUGACCAAAGUCCUGCAGCCACCUCUGCUGCUCUUCCCGAAACGCCUGUCAUUGUCACUGGUGGCCCAGAGACAGUCACGGAGACCAAAAUCGACACUUCUGUCAUUAGCAGCCUUCCAGAUGCCGUGGUCACUGGUAACCCGGAGACUGUUACAGAAACCGAUGUUGAUACCUCUGUCACCAGCGGCCUUCCGGAUGCCGUCGUUACCGGUAACCCAGAGACUGUUACAAAGUCCGAAACCGAUACAUUCAUCACCAGCGGGCUCCCGGAUGCCACUAUCACUGGCAAUCCACAGACUGUUACCAGAUCAGACUUCGAAACCCCGAUCACUAACAGUAUCUUCACCACCAUCACCGUCGACGAACCCUGGCCCCUCACCAGUCCUACUAGCAUCACUACCACUGCUUUGACUUCCCCUACUCCUAGGCUGGAACUGAGUACUAUUACAACAUGUGCCACCUACACUUUGACGAUGGUCUACCCGCAAUCCUCGAAUGUCGCCAACGCUCCUCCCGAGAGCACCUUCAUCUCGACAGUCUACGAAACUGAGGGUGAACCUUCCACCUCUACCACGACAAUCUUUGUGCCCCCAUCCCCUUACCCGCCUUACCCAACCGCUAAUACCACUUUGUUGCCUGAACCCACUGCCAAUGGCCCCAUGGUGCCUCACGUGCCUACACCUCCUGUUGUCACCGUCUCUGGCGGCAACAAGAAGCCUGAGCCUCGAGGCUGGGGUGGUACCAGUGGAACCACGAACAUUAGCUGCACCGUCAUGCUCGUUGCCGUCAUCAUGUUUCUUCUCUAA